UAAUGGGUGAUAUUAUCCCUAAUUAACUAUUUGUUGCUGGGUACAGCCGUAGCAAAGUAUAGGAUGAGAAAGAUGUUAGAGAUAUCUUCAAAAAGUAUGGAACGAUCAAAGAAGUUGCAUACAAAGGAUCAUAUUCAUUUGUUGUAUGAACUAAUUUAGAAAUUAAGACCUUCAGUAGUGAGUAGGAAGCACAAGAAGCUUUAAAGGGUAUGAAUGGAUAAGCUUAUAAUGGAUAAAAAUUGAAAGUAGAUGUAGUUGACAAUCGUAAAGGAAGAAAAUCAGGCCCAAAUGAAGAAGAUAAAUGUUUCAAAUGCGAUAAAGGUGGUCAUUGGUAAAAUUUUUAAUUAAAUUUAUAGGGCUCGUAAUUGUCCAAUUAUUAAAUCAUCUAGACGAAGCAGAAGACGAUCAGAUUCAAGAUCAAAGUAUAAAGAUAUUUAAAAUUUUAGGCGCCGUCAUAGAAGAUCUGAAUCAAGAUCAUAUUCUUCUUAUUCAUCAUCCAGAUCUAGAAGAAGAAGAUAUCAAAACAAAAGAAAGAGACAUAGCAGAAGCCCUAGAAGAGAUUAAAGAAUCAGAAAAAGAAGUGUUACACCAAAGAGAUCACCUUCUGAUUCAGGUUCAUCCAAAAGACCAAAUUCAAACUCAAAAUCUUGAUAAAGAAUGGGAAAAAAAACUCAUUUUAUUACAAAAGAAAUAUAAACAAUUAAUUGAAUAUAAUUUAUUCAAUUCUUCUCAUAAAAUUAUCAUUAUGAAAAAAAGAACCCUUCAGGAAUUGUCUAAAGAACAAGACCAGAUUAAUUCUUCUUAUAUCGAGAUUAAUACAGUUUAAAAGGAACUAUAUUUAGAAAAUCAGAAAAGACUAAAAUAAAAAUAAAAAGAGAAGGAAUAGAUUGUAGUUAUAGAAGAUGAUGAAAUCAAAUAAUAAAUCUAAGAAAAGGAAGUUUAAUUAUCAUUUCCUAUUGGAACAUUUUGUUUGAAUUGUUUAACAUAAUAUCCUACAGAUGAAAGACAACCACAUCAUUUACCAUUUAUUAACAUCCUUUACGAAAAUGCAUUCAUUGAUGUAAAAACUUAAAAGCCAAAAAAGACAUUAGAAAGUGCUCUUAUGACUUGUUUUGGAUUUGAAGAUGAAUUAUUAAAACCUUUAGUAUAAUCAGGUGUACAACUCUUCAUUGUGAAUGAUAAUGACAAUUUAAACAAAAAACUUGAAAUUAUUGAAAAAUAUAACAAUUAUCCAAAUUGGAUGGUAAUUAAACCAUCAAAAUUAGGUUCAAGUAUGUUUGGAGGUGCAUUUCAUCCUAAAAUAUGGAUUCUAAAAUUUCCUAAAUUUAUUCGGAUUGUCAUCGGAAGUUAAAAUUUACAUGUAGGAGAUUGGACAAUAUGGUCAUAAGCAAUGUGGAUAUAAGACUUUAAAUAAGGAAAAAGUGAAUUAGACUAAAUUUCUUAAGAGUUUAAAACUAUGCUAAAAGAAUUCUUAUAUGAAAUAUUACCUACAUCUCAUAAAUUUGAAGAUCUCCUUAAAAUUAAUUAUGAUGAUUAUGAUUUUAGAGAUAUAAAUAUAAGGCUAAUUACAUCAAUCCCAGGAAGAUUUGUAGGCAAUCAAUUAUUUAAAUAUGGUAUGAUGAGACUUCAGUCUGUCUUAUAUUAAGAAUUAUGUAAUAAUAAAAUGGAAAUACCUAAAUAAGUUUGUGUUACAUAUUAAACUACUAGUAUAGGAUAAUUAGAUAAUAAUUAUAUUGAUUUUGUUUUAUAAUGUUGCACAGGUAGAGUUUAUAAAUAACCAUUGGCAAGUGAAUAAAAUAAUAAAAAAUUAAAUUAAAUGAUUUUAAAUCAAUAAGAGGAAGAAUAAUCAAAAUUGAAAUUAAUAUAUCCUACAGCAGAUUAUAUUGAAAACUAAACUCAUGGAGGAGUUGAUUUUGCCAAUCCAUUAUAUUUAAAGAAAUAAUUAUAUGAAAAUCCUAAAUUUCCUAAACAUCUAUUUUAUAAAUACUAAGGGUCAGAUCAUUAUUAUUGGCAUACUGGUAAUAUUCCUCAUUUAAAAGUUAUGAUUAUUACUGGAUUAGAUGAAGAUAUUAAUGAUUAUACAGCUAUUUAUAUUGGAAGCCAUAAUUUUAGUUAAGGUGCUUGGGGAAAAAUGGAAAAAAAUGCCACUUAAUUAUAUAUAGCUAAUACAGAAUUAGGUGUUUUAUAUCCCCCAAAAAAAAAUUCAGCUUAAUUGAAAUAACAAAUUAUAUAAUAACUUUCAUUCAAAUUUCCUCCAUUAAAAUAUGAAAAAGAUGAUCAACCUUGGAUAAAUGAGGCAUAUUAUGAAAGAUUGUACAAGGAAUACUAAUAAUAAAAUAAAUGA